CCUGCAUCAGCCCGCUUACAUUAAUAUAUACUGUUUGCAUUGCUUCGAUUUCGGAACCUUCAAUACUUACAAAAAUGGAAUAUAUAUAAAUGCUUCAGCUGAUGGCCGAAUACAUGUCUAUAGUCACUCUUUUGGAUUUAGAUUUAGAGUGUCAUAUGUGACUGAAGGAGAUGUCGGGAUCUACAAGAUUCAGUCCAUCGACCAAGGAUUUACUUGGUUUACAGUCAUGGACGUUGAAGUUCCACCAAUGACAUCUAUUACAACUAUAGGCGAUGACUUAAAAUAUUCUUACAACAAACUUACCAUCUCUUGUCAAUCUAACAUUGUCAAUUCCAAACCCACUUUUGUGUGGUACGAAAAUGGUGUGGCUAUUAAUAGUACAUGGGACGGAUACAAAAUAUCCGGUGACUAUUUCAAAAGUUACUUGUCCUUACAAAACUACCCAAGCACUCAACAAGAUGACGUUUACAACUGCACGGCAAUCAAUAUUGCUGGAAAGAGCACAGCAAGCAUUGCUGUGACCGUUCAAGUGAUCGAUGGCUGGAUAGAGUCUAACAGAGGAUCUGAGUGCAGUGUAUCAUGUGGGUCAGAUUAUGGCGUCACGAUGGUUCAAAGAAUGUGUAGCACAAGUAGUGUCCGGUGUGUGGGACUAUCUGUUUAUGCACAAGCUUGUCAAGGACGUUCUGUGUGCCCGACUAACGACGCAACAUCACCAGUGCCAUCUUUGAUUUCAACUCGACAAGCAAGCAGAGCUAAAAUUAAGUGCUAAAUAUAUUAUGUUGAAUUAUAGAUAUUAACUGUAAUUUACAAACAUAAUAUAACAGCAUUAUUUAUUUAUGAAUAUUUGCUACAGACUACACGGCCACUAACUCACAAACAUCUCCUUAUGUUCAUAUUCAAGACUCAACUCAAGUCGGAAAGGAAGAGUUGUCUCGAGGCGCAGUUGCAGGAAUAUCAGUGACCGUGACCGCCAUCACGGCAGUUCCUAUUUGCUUAAUUAUUUUCUAUCUUAUUUUGAAUCGCUUGAGGAAACAGAUAUCUAGUCGUGCCGACAAAAGUGCUCCCUCAGAGAAUCCUCACGCAAAGUUUCACUUUCGCAAGCGUCCACAAGACAGUUCUAACGCAAGAGGAGACAGCAACGAACGAAGUAGGCCGACUUACUUGCCGCCACUUCCUGCUACUACGGUGGAUGACUCUGAACAAUCAGAAAUGGAACUCGAAGGAAGGUAUGAAAGUGCACCUAACGAAGAACGUCUGAACGCGAACCCUGCUUAUGGUGUUGUAAAAUCUGGAAGGAACAAUGAGCAAAAUACCUAUGAAACGACUUAUCCAAUAUAUGAAACCACGCCGUGAUGGAAGAUGCAAAUAGACCUUAUGCUGCCUUGUACAAACUUUGUUUCGUCCAUUUUUGCUGAUAGCUUGAGACGUGCUGACAAGAAUUGUGUUCUACUUAGUCUGUUCCUUUUCAUUGUGAUGCAACUUAAGACAGUAGUCUGCCCAACGUACGUUCAAUUGAUUAAUCUACAUGUGCUGACUAUUUUAAAUUUGUGUACGUUUCAAUUACGUUUAACUAUGAACAAUGAAGCAAAGACAAAUACCUUU